AGUCGACCCAGGUCAAGGUCACAUGUAAAUUUCAGCUGAAACAACAAGCGGUAUCGAAUGUUGACUAGUGAAGUUCUGGGGAGUGAAUUGCGGUAGCAAUUCAACGGCUGAUUACAGAAGCAUUAUGGUGAGAUGGCUUUUUGUCGAGGGAGCAAGUGGCAUAAAAUCCAGUUUGUCAUAGCAGUUGCUACCAUUCUUAUUUUUGUCUUUGGUUUAAAAGAGAGGAAGGUGAAUAUUUUCUCAAAGUUAGAUGGUUAUGGCAGAGAACAAGGACGUAGUCUUAGUUCCCUUAAUUAUGACUACAGAAAUGAGAACCAUGUUUGGUACGACAAGAACAUUCCACUGAUAUGGAUAGGUGGAGUACCCCGCAGUGGCACCACCCUGGCGAGGGCAAUGCUGGAUGCUCACCCAGCUAUCCGCUGUGGGGAGGAGACACGGGUUAUUCCUCGGGUACUUGGCAUACAUGGACAAAUGGCCAAUUCGAAUUUAGAGAUGACCCGGCUUCAAGAAGCCAAAAUAACUAGUGAUAUUUUGGAUGGUGCAUUAGGUGCUUAUAUCCUCAGUAUUAUUGCACAUCACGGUGAGCCUGCUCCAAGACUGUGCAAUAAAGACCCAUUUGCCUUAAAACACAUCAAAAAGCUUUCACAAAUUUUUCCAAAUUCUAAAUUUAUCCUCAUGAUACGAGAUGGCCGGGCCACUGUGCAUUCCAUAAUAACACGUAAAGUUACAAUCAGGGGGUUCAACACAAAGUCAUGGGAUUUGGCUUUGAAAGACUGGAACAGGGCCAUAAAGACAAUAUAUGACCAGUGUGUGGCUGUGGGUAAUAAACAGUGCCUGCCUGUUCAUUAUGAACAACUUGUGCUACAUCCAAAGUCAGAAAUGGAGAGGAUUCUUAACUUUCUGAAUGUGCCCUGGAAUGACAGCGUGCUCCACCAUGAAAAGUCCAUUGGAAAACCAGGAGGUGUUUCUUUGUCAAGGAAGGAACUGUCUACUGACCAAGUGAACAAACCUUUGAAUAAGGAUGCUCUGUGGAAAUGGGUGGAUCAUAUCCCACAGAAUACAAGGGAAAAUAUUGGCAAGAUUGCACCAAUGCUUUCUGUACUGGGCUAUGACAUUACAAGUAAGAGGCCAACCUAUGAGAAAGACAAGUAAUGAUCGAAGGAAUCAACUGUUUAAGACCACCUGACUUAACAGUAUUGUAUGAAAUUAGAAUGAAAGACCUUACAUCAAUCAAAAUUGAUUAGAAAUUCCUAAAGGUAAUAAAACAUUGAUUGUAGACUACCUAACAACAUGUUAAGAAACCAUUUAUUGAAGAUUAGAGAAUAACACAUUUGCUUUAUUGUGAAUUCUGUAGAUUUGUUGUAGUAUGCUGAAGUUUCACUUCUUCCAUCUAGUCAGAAUAUUACUGAAUGAAGACACUUACCUAUUUUGUUAAUGAGAAGGGCAGUCCUUUUGCUGGGCAUAUCACAAUUUCCAGCUUUCAUGUCACUCAGAGGGAAAGAUGUAACUUUGAUCUUUUUAUUCCUGUAUGACAGUUUAUUAAAAAUUGAUAGCUGCAUGAAUAGGUAAUACAGAUAGCAUUUUAAUGUUGUUUCCAACACCAUGUCAAAUUCCUUGAAUAUGGCACUCAAGUCAUCCAUCAGGAAAAAAAAAAGGUAUUUUUUAUAUUCAGUUAACACAGUCAACUUAUUGCCUGAUCUAUCAUCUAUUGUAAACUUUGAAAAUGUUUUGUAUACAUAUAGGAUUAAUGGAUAUAUAGAUAAAUAUUGGUUUAUUUUUAAUGACCUUCUUUAAUUUUCUUGGUUAAUCUGACCUUUGUACAUUUUAUGUUAGUUUUUUAUGCUUUAAAUAGUUUUCCAGUGCAGUGGUAAAUUGGUAUUUUACAAAAACAAAAAUUCGUAUGAUUAAAUAUACUAGUUGAAGUGUCACUGCUUAGAUAAUUUCAGGAUCAGAUCUGGUAACAGAAUGCUAACUUUAUCUUAGUGUCUACGCCAGAGACAGGUGUCUACACGUUUUCUCUGCAGUAACAAAUAAUGUCAUAUUAUGGGCAGGUUUGGUCAUGCUUUGCUAUAUAUCUCUCUCUGCAUGUAUCAGCAGAUUCAUUAUACAGUGACAGUGGUAUGUGCUAUUUUAACUUACUAUAUAGACUAGUUAUUUCUUAGAUAAAAUCUUUUCCAUUUUGCAAGACAAUCUUCAUUUACAAUAUAUAAGUAAAAAAUAUGUUAAUAUAACAACAAAACUAAAAGGACAAUAAUCUCACAAUCAGGCAAACAGUGCAAUAGAUAUCAUGUUCACCUCUGUCAUAUGCUCUAAAGAAAAUAUUCCACAAAUCUGCUCAACAGGUACAUUUCUUUGAAAUUGGUCUCUUGAGGUACAGUUUCCUGUGUUGGAAAUUGGAUUGCCAUCCACUGAUGGAGAUUGAAUGAGCAGUCACAGAUGAAGCCUCAUCAGCUGCAUUUCCAUUUGACAUGUGCAUAUUUCCGUAAAACUAGAAGACACAUGCUACAUGCAAUAUACAUAAGAGAUUCGGCUCCUGUGAUAGCUAACUACAACAGAUAUCCUCUCUUUUGCAAUGUAUCAGUUCAAAUGAAAAAAGAUGUAUUAAUGAAAGGUCAUUGUGGAGCAUAUUUUAUGUAGUCUUUUAUGUAGUUUAUUUAUAUGUCAUUCCAUGUAACCAAACCCCACCUCAAUAUAAACAGACAGGAAUAUUUAUGACUCAACAUGAAACAUAUUUGAAUAUAUAUUAUAUAUAUAUUGAAUAACUGUAUUACAUAUAGUCUUUACUGUAUUUUAAUAAAGUUAAUCUUAAAAUAAGUUUAA